AGCGUCUACCGUGCUGAACAGCAAACACCUACAGUCCCCAUAUCCCUACCCCCGUCUUCUCCUACCGCUCAUUCCACCAACCACCAAGCCCAUCCUCGAUCCUCAUCGUUUGGCUCCAUCGUACCAUCAUGCCCAGUAGCGCAGAAAUUCGAUCUAUUAGACUUGAAAUUAUUGGUGGACAGAAUCUUCAAGCCCCUUCCGGGCGCAUACCCGCAGGGAUUUACAUAUCCAUCAAUGUCGACUCGAGGAGACGCUGGAAAUCAGCCAUCAAAGUUUUAUCCUCUGAGAAAUCUGUUGCGUGGGGAGAUACCCUGACCCUAACACAGGCAUCACCUACAUUAUCAGUGGAAAUCAGAGCGUCCUACGAGGCUGAUCGAAUUCUGGGUAGCGGAGAAGUCAUUGGACAACUUGAAACAUCGUGGGAUGAGUUGCUUGAUCAUGGAGAUGAGCCUUUCGAACUGUCCUUCCCGCCCGUUCGUGGUGUUUACCCUUCUCUCAAGCUGAAGGCCACUGUUGUACAUGCUUGCGACAAUCGGGAUGGCGCACUGUUUGAUUCCCUCGUAGACUGCGAGAUUGCUCAAGAGACAGAUGCGGGCCACGCACGAUAUGCCGAAUAUAGGACCACCAAGACAGUCUCUCACCUGAACGACGCUUUACAACAUUUUCAGUUGGUUCUGGACCGCUGUCCGGUCGACCAUCCUGACCAUGCAGCGGCUCUCACCAACCUCGCGUGUGCCCGCCUUCUAGGCUACAUUCAAAACGAUCUCCAAGACAUUGAUACCACCACUUCCCUCUUCCGCGAAGCCCUUGCAUUGCGUCCGCAGGGCCAUCUCGAUCACACAUUAUCUCUCCAUCAUCUCAUUUUCGCAUUGAUCUGGCGCUACAGCAAGGAGCCCACUGCCGCCUAUAUUCAUGAAUCCCUGCAGCUGUGCUGCAAGCUACUGCCCCUCUGUCCAGAGGGCACCUACUUUCGAAGCAUGGGCGUAGACAGUGUGGUCAAUUAUGUGAUUAGUAAUUGCAACAACCUUUCAAUUGAUGCAUCCAAUAAAGGCAUCGACCUUCGACGAAACGUGCUCAAGAUCUGUCCCCUGGGUCAUCAACACCAUAUAGGAGUAUUCACCAUGCUUUCACGGUCACUCUUAACACGGUUUACACAACGGGGCAGCAUUGAUGAUGUAGACGAGCUCAUACAGCUUCUUCGUGAAGCCAUUUCUCUGCACCCCAAGGGACAUUCUGACCGUGGUAUCUACCUGAACAACUUGGCCUUCUCACUUCAAUCCCGCUUCAAUCACCAGGGAAAAUCACAUGACCUGGACGAGGUUGUCUCCAUGCACGAAGAAGUGCUGCGUCUGCGCCCUGUUGGGCACGAAUCUCGUGAUUGCUCAUUGGACAACCUAGGGGGCGCCCUCUACACCCGUUUUAUUACACGCGGUGAUGUUGAUGACAUCAACCGAGCUGUUAGCCUCUAUCGCGAGGCACUGACCUUGCGCCCACCUGGGCAUCCACGUCGUGACGUCACGCUUAACAACCUUGCCCUCGCGCUCCAAAAGAUAUAUGUCAAAUCCCGCGUCAUCGAGGAUCUUAACGAGGCCGUCGAUCUAUAUCGUGAAUCCCUUCGGUCAAAGCGGGUUGAUGAUCCAGAGCGCCCUGCAUAUCUUUUCAAUUCAAGCUCGGCGCUUUGCUCUCGUUUCACGCGAACUCAGAAGAAUGUGGAUAUUGAGGAGGCCAUUCAACUCUGUCAGGAAUCAUUGGUGGCAUUGCCUUCACUGCAUCCAGAUAGAUGGUUCAGCUACAGAUGGCUGAAGGAAGGCUAUUUGGCUCGUUACCUAGUGCAACACGAGCCGGCUGAUUUGUCACUUGCAAUAGAGAACUCCAGACUUGCGUCAAUGCACCCCACCCAAGGUUUUCCAAAUCGCAUUCUAGCAGCCCAGCACUGGGUUUCUGAUGCCGAGAAUUCUUGUCAUGAAUCUGCGCUCGAGGCAUAUGCAAUGUUUUUCGAGCUUCUCGACGCACAUAUCUCAACACGAUCAUCCAUCACUUCGCGGCUUGAAGCUGCUCCCACCUUUCAUAACGCCAGAUCGCUGCCUGUAGAUGCAGCAUCAUGUGCCAUACGCAGGCACAACCUGCAAAAGGCCAUCGAACUCGUAGAGCAGGGUCGUGGUCAGCGAUGGUCAUUCGCCUCUCGACUCAAAACUCCAGUUGAAGAGCUCGAAACGGGACAUCCACAUCUAGCUCACAAAUUUUUGGAGCUGAGCAAGCGUGUUUCCAACGCAGCUCAGGGUUCUGCAACCAUCGUGGACAGAGCUGCAGCUGAAGUAGCGGAAACGAAGUACAGGAGAAUUAUGACGCAAUGGGAAGCUGCGGUAGCUGAGAUACGUGAUCUUCGAGGUUUCUCGCGGUUCCUGCUCCCACCUUCGUACGAAGACUUGCAAGCGGCAGCACGCCAUGGCCCGGUCAUCAUCCUCAUUGCCAGCAAAUACUCGUGCAGCGCCAUCAUUGUCCCGACGUCAGGAGAGCCCCAUAAUGUUACCUUGCCAUCUAUCUCUCUCGCAGAUCUCGAGGAUCUCAAAGAUCGGUUUGCCAGUGCGAUAUUGCAAGCAUCGAAGAUGGGCCUAAAGCAGCCGCGCAAUGAUCUGAUUGUCCUCUUGCGGGCGGUAUGGGACGAUAUCAUGCUACCUGUCGUCGAGGUACUCGAGCAUACCCUCAAAUUAAAGCGCCAGUCUCGAAUCUGGCUGUGUCCAACUGCGGUUUUCACAUCCAUUCCUCUUCACGCAGCCCACCCAUUUCGAACAAAGGCAGAUUGCUCUGGGAAGGAGCCAUGCCUGGAGGAUCUCUACAUAUGUUCUUACACGCCGACACUUUCGGCGCUGAUCAGAUCUAGGCAGAUGAUGAAGAAACGCAGUGUGCCUCCAUCCUUUGUGGCGGUUGGGCAAGGUCAACCGGGCGGAGGGAAUGGCAAGGCGCUCUUAGCUGUCGAUAGCGAGCUCGAGCUUGUCCAUAAGCUGGUCCCCGUGACGGCCAACCGUUCAACUCUUUCUGGCGACGCAGCCACGCGAGCAGGCGCACUUGAAGCCCUGGAACAGAACACUUGGGUGCACCUCGCUUGCCAUGGCAAGCAGGACCACGAUCAGCCUUACAAUUCUCAUUUCGUCAUGAAGGAUGCACCUCUCACGCUACUUGACAUCAUGGAGAAAGACAUUCCGCAUGCUGAGUUCGCGUUCUUAUCAGCAUGUCAUACCGCCGUCGGUGAUAAGGAGACGCCCGACGAAGUCAUCCAUCUUGCAGCUGGCCUUCAGUUUUCGGGGUUCAAGAGCGUCGUUGGCACGCUGUGGGAGGUUGACGACGCUGUCGCAAAACACGUUGUUGGAGCUUUCUACGAGAAUAUGGUCAAGCAUGUGGAGGAUGGCGGGUUCAUGGACUGUACGAAGGCGGCUUGGGCACUGAACCGUGCUACACACGCCGUGAAGACGAAAGUGCCGCUCGAACAGAGGAUGGUUUUCAUACAUAUUGGUGUGUAGUUCUACUAUAUCGUAUUGCUUUGCCUGGUACAUAUUCUUUAUCUGCGAUCCUCUUUCAUUCUGUUUUUUUUUUUCGUAGAAAUAACCCCGAUACUUAUAGGGUCAAAACAGAAAUAGGUUUCAAACUUGUAAAAAAAUAUCUUUUGGUGGGCUGGUACAUAUCAUGGAGGGUACUUCUGGGAUGGAUAUGAGCCAACAAUUAAGAAAAUCGGCG